GCAGCGGGCGUCCGAGCUGCUAGCGAGCCGGAGGAGGAGCCGCAGCGGCGCCAGGGGCAGCGGGGGAGCAGAGAAGGGCGCCCCAGGUGGUUGCCCCCUCCCUCUCCUGAGAUGUCAGGGAGGAGACUACCUGUAUCCUACACAGGGGCCCCACACAGCCUGGGGGCCCCCAGCCCCAGAGUGAGGAGGUGGAGGUGCUGUUGACAGGUGUGCAAAGCCAUGCUCCCUCGCCACUCCUGCUCUCUCCUCCUUUUCCUUCUCCUCCUCCCCAGCGUCCCCAUGGAGCCCCAACCCCCCUCCUCCACCCUGCCCCCUUUUCUGGCUCCUGAGUGGGAUCUCUUGUCUCCCCGAGUGGCCCUGUCAAGGGGCGCCCCUGCCGGGCCCCCUCUCCUCUUCCUGCUGGAGACCGGGGCCUAUGGGGAGCCGGCAGGGGCCCCAUCCAACCGCAGCCGGCGCGGGGUGAGUGAGACGGCACCAGCAAGCCGCCGGGGUGAGCUGGCAGUGUGCGAUGCAGUGAGUGGCUGGGUGACCGACCGGCGGACAGCUGUGGACUUGCGUGGGCGCGAGGUGGAGGUGCUGGGCGAGGUGCCUGCGGCAGGUGGCAGUCCCCUGCGUCAGUACUUCUUCGAGACGCGCUGCAAGGCCGAAAGCGCUGGGGAAGGUGGCCCAGGUGUGGGCGGAGGGGGCUGUCGCGGCGUGGAUCGGAGGCACUGGCUCUCAGAAUGCAAGGCUAAACAGUCCUAUGUGCGGGCGUUGACUGCAGACUCUCAGGGCCGCGUGGGCUGGCGCUGGAUUCGGAUCGACACAGCUUGCGUCUGCACGCUCCUCAGCCGAACAGGCCGUGCCUGACGUCCAGGCUUGGGAACCGCUCAGGUUGAGGAGGAAAAAAAAAAAAAAAGCUGGAUGCUGAAAGGACCACAGGGGUGGCCCGACUGCUCUACCGUGCCUUCUGACUGGGAACUGAAAUAACCACAGAAUCAAAUCUCUCUCAUUUUGAGAGCUCAGUCUGUGUGGAAUGUAUGAUGAAACCAAAUGGGGUUUCAACUGAUGAAUAGGAGUUCUCCCGGAGGAACUUGACAUUAAUAAUAAUAGCCAAUGUUUACUAUCUACUGUGUAUCAGACCUAAUGUGUGACUCUGCUAACUAUUUUAACAUCAGAGGAUCCUGGCUUACCCUGACAAGAGAGACGAGGAAAGACUACGUGAAAAAUCAAUGUAUGAGCUGGGGCUAGGCCUCGAUCAGUAGGCUGUUUCUGGUUGCCUAGCAUGCACACAGUCCUGGACUCUAUCCUGAGCACCGUAUCAUAAACCAUGCACGGUGGUACUCAUUUGCAGUGCCAGUUCUUGGGAGGAAAAGACAGGUGGAUGAGGAGUUUGUGGCCAUCCUCAGCUAUAUAGGGAGUUUGAAGCCAGUCUUGUCUAUAUGAGGGUCUAUCUUAAUAAACUAAAAAGACCUGGGACUGGGUGUUAUGACAUGUACCUGUAGUCCUAAUACUUGAGAGGCUGCAGACUGAAGAGUGCCUGGAAGUCCAGGGCAGCUUGGGUUACAUACUUUUAAACUGACCUGUCUGGGGCAAGGGCAAAUGGGUCAUAUGGGAAAACAAAAGAAGCGACUAGCCCCGAAACAGUGAGGAUGUGACCAGGGAAAGGCAGUGAAUUCUCCAGGAGCCUAGGUUUACUGGGGAAGUCUGACCUGACCAAGGUGUGCAAGCGUUCUGUGGAAUACAUCCAUCCAUCCUGCCCUAAGUAGUGAGCCCAACCCCAUGGGGAGUGCAAGCACAGACGCCUCACAUCUGGAACGGCCCUUUGUCUUUUUGUUCAGCUCUGAUGUGGAGACAGUCUCCUCAUGCAGCUCAGUGGAGGGCAGACCUUGAACUCCCCCCACCCCACCCAAGACAGGGUUCU